CCCUUCUCCUCUCCCUCUCUCUCAAUCUCUCUGCUUUUCUUGGUCUUCAAGUACUCUGCUUUCCUUUUACAUUAUGCUUUCCUUCCUCCUCUCCUUCUCCCUCCUUUACUCUUUUGCAAAAUAGUAGGUGGUUGGGACACGAGUUUGGUGGGUAAUCUCUAAAAAAUUGCACCAUAGCUUCAUUCGUAGCUCCGAAGAGACCCCCUUUCCUACUCUUAAAAGAAACCGUGUGUUCCAUGACCUGCUGAAAAUCAAUUACUCCUCCGUUUGUUUCGUUCUAAUAUCAGUUGCAUUUCACACUGGCGUAAUUGAAGGCCCAACAUGCCUUUCAAUAUUGUUACAUCAUGGAACAAGAGGAGGAGAAGCAAGUCACUCGAUCAUAUCAAUCCAUGGAUCUAUAAGCCGGCGGAGCUUUGGCAGCUGAAAGAUCAGUGCCCCGCUCCGAAGAAGCGUAAUUGCUCGUCGGUGUUCACUCUCAAGGAAAUGGAGGAGGCGACUAGUGCUUUUAGCGACGCGAACCUGAUCGGGAAAGGAGGGUUCGGUCGGGUGUACAAGGGAGUUUUAAGGAAUGGUGAGGUUGUUGCAAUCAAGAAAAUGGAUCUAUCACCUUCUAAACAAGCUGACGGCGAACGCGAGUUCCGAGUUGAAGUGGACAUUCUGAGCAGAUUAGACCAUCCAAAUCUGGUCACACUAAUUGGAUACUGUGCCGAUGGGAAGCAUAGGUUUUUAGUAUAUGAGUUUAUGCCGAAGGGAAACCUGCAAGAUCUUCUAAAUGGAAUCAGUGAAGUGAGGAUGGAUUGGCCAUUGAGAUUAAAAAUAGCACUUGGAGCCGCAAGGGGUCUUGCUUAUCUCCAUUUGAGUCCGGCUGUUGGUGUCCCCAUUGUCCAUAGGGAUUUCAAAUCCAGCAAUAUUCUCCUCAGUGAGUUCUUUGAGGCCAAGAUAUCUGAUUUUGGCCUCGCCAAGUUAAUGCCGGAGGGUGCCGACUUAUACUCAACAACGAGAGUUUUAGGUACUUUCGGCUACUUUGAUCCUGAGUAUGCAUUGACAGGGAAACUAACACUACAAAGUGACGUCUAUGCAUUUGGCGUGGUUUUGCUGGAAUUGUUAACUGGCCGUAGAGCGAUAGAGUUAAGCCAGGGUCCUACAGAUCAAAAUCUCAUAUUAAAGGUUCAUCAAAUACUCAAUGACCGAAAAAAGCUGCGUAAGGUGGUUGACGCUGAGAUGUCUAAAAACUCGUACACCAUGGAGUCUAUUACAAUGUUUGCAAAUCUCGCGUCUCGCUGUGUCUGUUUUGAGAGUAGCGGGAGACCAUCGAUGACGGAAUGUGUGAAGGAACUUCAACUCAUUAUCUAUGCCAAUAUGAAAGUUUAAAAGCAGAGUGCUCAGGUUAUGCGAUCUUUGGUUUUUGGAAACUGUUGUUCAAUUAUAAUUUUUUGCUUCAAACUUUUGUAUUUUGCUGCUUGAGCUGUACUGUAAAUAAACUAUAAAGUCAAUUUAUACACCUCAAUGCGCGCUGUCUCAAACUGCAGCAUUUCAAGAGUGGUUCAAUUUUUUUGAAAUCAAAA